CGGGAGUUGAGACAUGAGGUACGUACCCGGUUUCUCAUACUCAAUUGAUUCAUCACCUCGAAGGGAUGGGAAGAGGGCCGAUUGCGAGAUGAGAGUGAGGGUAAUGGAGAUGGUGCCGUUUCAAUUGAUGGUAAGUGGGGUUCCGUUGAGGUCCACAGUAAUUCUCAGGGCGGAGUUGUCUCAAAGACUUGUAGCGAAGUUCAUCACCGUCUCAGCAUAUAUCAAUACUUCACUGAAGCAUUGCGAGAAAACUCAAAUGGACCGUGAUAUGCAACGGCAGGAUUUGUACCCCUAUCCACGGGGCCAUGCACUUAGAAGUUUCGCACCGCCUUUCAAAGCACCGUCGACUUUGUGCCAGAGAUUCAAGGCAAACUGGCACAUCUCCUUCUACCUCAAGGAAGCAGCACAAGUUCAACUCCACUACGGCAUGCCUCGCACCGCUCAACAUGGCUCUUCCUGGAUGCAUACCACUGCCAGUAGUUUAGAGAACCACGGAAGGAUGUCAGCGGUGCAUGCCGCUCCAGUGACCUCCAUUGGUGCAUCUCAAUCCUUCGAGAUGCAGUGCUGGUGGACAGAAUCCUAA